GCCUUCCUUGGUGAGCUGAUCAACCACUCACUGUACGUCGUUGACUGAUGCCAACCUCAUUCAGUACGGCAGACCAGCCGUCUCUCGCAACGCCAGCUCCGCCUUCUCCUUUCGCACUUCAAUGGCAAGGAUGUUCUCCACCGCCAGCACCGCCAACGACAUGGCCACCCGCCACCCCUCCGACUCCCACCUCCGCCGCCGCAAGAACAAGUCCUCGUCAGCCUCCGCAACAACCUUACCCUCCACCCCACUCCAAGACCGCACAAACCACCAUAUCAAUAAAGGCAGCAAUCCCGCAACCCCCACCGGCCACACAACCAGCACCUUCCUUCCCGAACUCCACAGCACCCCACCCAUGCCCACCUUCCAAAAACCCUCGACCCCCUGCCGACCCCACCCACACCCACAUCCACCAACCGACUCCACUACCACCCCACCACUCCAACACCAAGUCACCAUACAUCCAACCCCCAUCUCCGACCCAGGCCGUCCCCUCUACUCCCACCCCGGCACCAAAGUCAGCCCCGCCCUCGUCGCCGGCGUGGAAGAAACCCCACCCUUACCCGCCGGCUGGACGCAACAACACGACCGCGCCAUCUGCAUCCUCGACGUGCGGAAUUACUCGCUGAGUAACAUCGUUUCGAAAAUCCGCAGGGCUUUUCCGCAGUUGAGGGGGGUGCUGACGACGGGGAUGGUGGAUAAGCGGCUGAGGCAGUUGGAUCAAGUGGUGGAGAUUGAUUACUGGAAGGUUGGGUUGAUGGGGGCGGCGGACGGGAGUGGGGGUGGGAGUGGGAGUGGGAGGCCGGGGAUUGGUGGCAGGGGGAGGAGUGAGAGUCGGGUUACGCUUGGGGAGAACGUGGGGGUGGUCAGCAAAGCUGCAGAGCCAGCGGGAUCGAAGAGUAUGCCAAGCAAUAAUAUCGGCGCGACGCUGGUCAAGUCGCAGUCGCUGGUGGAUAUGAUCUCCUCUGAGACUCCAGCUACACCGCGUCUGACUCCGACCGAGCCGGGCGAACAGCUGAAAGCCAUGACUUACCGCCCUCCUCCUUCUGCUCCUCCCGUACAGUCUGGCCGUCUCGUCCGAGCUGCGUAAUAAUGGGGCAGGAGGAUGGAUGCUCGUAACCGAACUUACAGCACAGUGCAUGUAUCCGCACGCCAUGCUGACACUUCGAUUGCACAUGCCGCAUGUUCCGAGCAAAAAUUAUCAUCUGGUGUUUGCAUUCGCUCACGUGAAUGAGGUUAACGCAACGUCUUGGUGCGGGAAGAAGAGAUCUUUGAUAGCUUACGUGCAGCAAAUAUAUCUAAAAGAAAAAAGGUAGC